CCAUAAUGAUUAAAGACAAAAUUUUAGGUUAUUAUAAUAUAAACAACUUUGCCAAUUGCCUUAAAAAUAAUUAAAUAUACCAAGAGGAUAACUACUCUUCGUUGCAGUUACAUCAGGUUUAUAAAGGUCAACGAGUAUUAAACUAUACAAGAGAAUGUUACGAAAACCACCGAUCUCGAUAUCACUUCUUUCAUUAAGGCGAAAAAUCCAUGUUUCCUCUCGGGUUCUAUGGAAUAUUCCAAAAUCCAUGGAAUUAGAUGAUGAAUACUUAUUUAAUACCGAUAAUAUAAAAGACAUUGAAGACAACAUUUCACGACGAAAAAGUAUAGGCAAUAUCAGGCUAGUCAACGAAAUGCAUGAGAAGUUGAAAAGUUUGAAAACUAAUGACUCCAAAUACCAAUCUGUAAAAGCUCAACUCGCUGAAGAAUGUAGAAGAAUACCAAACAGAACACACCCUGACAUAAUUUCGUAUAUCGAUACUCCAAAAGUCAUCAAAUACAUAGGAUCAAAAAGAGUUUUUGAUUUUCCCCAUAAAGAAUUUUAUGAAAUAUCAAAACGAUUAAAGUUGGUCAGGACAGAACAAUUGGGUAGUUUGGCUGGAAGUAGGACCUAUUACCUAUUAGGGCAAAUGGCUGAACUUGAGCACGCUCUAGUGAGGUAUUUUGUAAAGAAUCUUCUGCAAUCUGAGUUUCAAUUAGUGUCUGUUUCUGAUAUAGUUCCUAGAGAUCUUGUAGAGAGUUGUGGAAUGAAUACAAAAGGAGAAAGAACACAAAUUUGAGAACUCAUCAAGAGCAGUUCUUCGGGUCGCUAGGGAUACAUUUCCAAGUACUUGACAUGCCUCCGCAUGAUCUUGGAGCUCCAGCCUAUAGAAAGUACGAUAUUGAGGCAUGGAUGCCUGGACGGAAUUUGUACGGUGAAAUAUCGAGUUGUUCAAACUGCACCGACUUCCAAGCCCGGCGUUUGAAUAUAAGAUACAGGAAAGCCGAUGGUUUCACUGAAUUUGUGCAUACUUUGAAUGGAACAGCCUGUGCGAUACCUAGAUUGCUGAUUGCACUGACAGAGACCUUUCAACAAAGUAAAGGCACGAUCUUGAUUCCUGAAGUGUUGCAACCGUUCAUGCAUAAUGAGCGAUUUAUUAGUAAACAGAAAAGGAUU